AAUGGUGUCCCACGAAAUAUUUCCUGCUUUUAAAAAAGUUGGCUCUACAAAAUAAAAAUUUCAAGUUUUUAAUUUUUAAACCCCACCAUAGUGCAAGAUGACUCAAAAGCUGUUUAUACAGUAUAAUCUACGGUCGUACAUCGUAUUUUAACAAUAUUACCAAAUUACCCCUCUUGGUUUUGUCAAUAAAUAUCAGCCUCCAACAAUGCAAUUCUUCCCUUUUCCCCUCCUAAUUUCUCUCAUCUCUCUAUUAGAAAAAAUUUGUUAUCAUGUUGUCCACUGUACCGGCCUUUUCAUUCUCUGAACCGGGUUUGGUUAAUCAAUUUUCGGGUUUCCAAACCGGCUUCACUCCUUGGGAAUGGGACUGCUCUGAUCUCUUCUUUUCCGUGGACCAAAUGUCUCUUGAACCGGCCGUACCAAGCCCUUGUUAUGGUGAAUCAGACACCGGUUCCGUCAGAAUUAAUUCCGGUUCUCAUUACAUGAAAACUGGUUCUGACGAAUCUUGUCUCGGUUUCGUCAAAACUAGUCCCGGUUUUGACGACGCCAACCAAUCAGACGGUCUACCGUGCUCUCAAGCACACGAACCAGACUCGGAAGACCCAAAAAAAUUGACAGCCAUCACGAAUUCCGGUUCGGGAGAGCAGAACCAUAACGGGAAAUUUUUAACCCAACCGGAGAUGACCGAGGAGCGAAAGAGGAAGAGGAUGGAAUCAAACCGGGAAUCAGCGAAACGGUCGAGAAUGCGUAAACAGAGCCACAUCGAUAACUUAAGGAACCAAGUAAACCGUCUUGAUUUAGAAAACCGUGAGCUCGGGAACCGGCUUCGGUUAGUAUUACACCAGCUUCAACGAGUGAACACAGACAAUAACCGGCUCGUAACGGAACAAGAGAUUCUUCGGUUGAGACUAUCGGAGAUGCGACGGGUUUUGAUCAUUAGACAACUUCAACAACAGCAACAGUGGGAACUUCAUAACCGGAGAAUGAUCAUGACUGAACAUAAGUAACCCAUCUUCAACCAUCGAUCAACUUGUCUAAGGAGAAGAAAAAUAUAUAUGUAGAAAAAAAAAAUUAGAACAAUAAGAAGAAGAAAAAAAAAAAGAGAUGGAAGCAAAAAAAAAAAUCUCUCUAUGUAUCUCUCUAUCUCUCUUAUGUAAAUGAAAUGGAAACGUUAGGAAGAGAAAGUGAUAGUUUUCUAAUAUUCCACUUUCUCUUUUGUAUAUUGUUACUUUUUUGAGAGAAAAACAUAAAAAUAGAAGAGAUUUUUAUUUUUC